AUGUCGGUGGAGCCUGCCUCGUGCUUCACGGAUGAUGAUAUAGUUGGUUCCAAAACUUACAGCAGACGUUCAUCUGUAUCUGAGGCGGAGUUAAUCGAUCGACAAUUGAGUCAUUUGAAAGAGGAGAUCCUUCCGUUCUACCCUUUCCUCCUCACCGUUCCUACUGAUGUGCCCUUUCGCCUUGGGGGCCGUUUCGUUAACAAUUGGGCAGUGGGUAAUGACGGGCCAUUUACUCCCGACGAACAGCAACUGCAAUACAUGACGUUCCUCACACAUCAGGAAGGCGAAUCUUUACUUGUUCCUGUUGGCGAUUGGUCAGACGAGUCAGGGAACGCCAUGCCCGACCAGCGUUCAGGGCCUGAAAGCACCACGAGCACACCACCAAGCGGAUCUGUCAAGCCAAAGAUUACCUUGAACGAUUAUAAGAGCAAACGAAAGAACGGCGCUUCGUUAUCUCCUAGUUCCAAAGGAACAAAACAAGGCGUCUCGAUGACGCACCCUACCGAAGCCAAUCAACGACACCUCGCCGUCCGUUCACCUCGAAGCAAUCCCAAGAGGUCGACCGAACGAAUAUCACAUUCGCAACAUGCGCGCAUUGAUUCCGAGAAAGCGGAGCGUAAGCGACCGUUUGGGAGCGACCAUGAACCGUUGAAGCCUCAGGAAAGGAAGCCCCCACAACAUGUUUCUCCAAAAAAACCGAGAUUAUCACCCGCAAGCCCACCGGAACCAGUCAGAAAUGACGGCGCGAACUGCGAUGGACUUCCUGCUCUACUGUCACCUACUCUUCCGCCAGCAUCGGGCAGUCCUCGACUACCUCAGCUAUUAUCCCCGACCCUCCCUCCCCAUAUCGAAAAAGAACUUGCCAAACUCGGCGAAGAGCCUUUGACCAUCGAACCGUCACAACAAAGAAAUACACCAAUUGGCGAUAACUUGAAAGCGAAACACCCAAAAAUCAGGCCUUCUGACCAUGGUACCCCGCAGCUUCACCAUAGGCCCACUGGUGAUCUGCAAAGUCCGCAGAGUAAUCUUACAAACCAAACCUCCGACAAGGGCCUUUCUAGUGGCGUGGACCUUCUAAGCCCCCGUUCUUCCCAAAGUAUUAAGGCCGAAUCUUGUCAGGUCGACGAGCAGUCAUCGCAGGCAAACUACCCGAGGACCGUCGGUCGUAAUACUGUGGUCAAACAGCAGCUCAUUGUGAGAUUGAAAUAUGGAAAAUUAAACAAGAAACGUGUGGAAGCACUUCUCAAAUUCUCUGGUAAGAGAAAGCCGGCACCGUCGAACUCGCCCAGAAAAUACCCUUCCGACGACGAGUCUCUGUGGGAGACCAAAUCCGACCAGAAUUCGACAAACGCCCCGGCUCUUACCCAUGUCGAUCGCAAAAUCCAGCAGACGACGGGAAUUUCCAAACAUGCAGGAGUCGUUCCCACUAGGGGAAGUCCGAAGGAACGACUUCCUAUCCCAGAAAAACCAAGGACGCCAAUUCCUUUAUUACCGAGUAAUGCGCCCCAUAAACAAGACAGAAUGAAACAGAUAUCGAUGACGCCGGUGAGAGAUCACCGGAGUCAAACACAUCGCCCAGACACGGCUGGUCUCGAGGCUAGAAGUGCCCAGUCCGCCGUGAAAACCUCGUUUGGCGACCCGAGGUCUUCUGCGGCUAACGCCCCUCCGCAAUCAUCCAACCACGCGUCUUCAAGAACUGGCGAGCGGAAGAGUUGGAAAGAUGAAUAUCAAAAACACGGGAAUCUCGGUCGGGAGCUGAAACAUGCUGCGGAACGACAUACCGCCAAAGACGAUGUUACUGACGCUGAUGAAAAGCUUGCUGUCGCGACGGCUAUCGAAGCUAUUCUAUGCUUUAUACUGGCUUUUGUUGCCGAUGAUCAGUCCAAGCUUUUGUCUCGUCAGACUGGUGAUUCAUCAACAUGGCUCUCUAUCAUUGCAUACUGGCGUGUGGUGAAAAAGAAUAGUAUCCCGUAUCCCCGACUUUAUAGCCUUUGUCUACUCCUCGGUGCUGUAUCAUACAGUACAAUUCACGCUCUUGACCUAGAGCGACUUACCGUCACUCCGCUCCCAUGGGAGUCCACACAUGUGUCGACUCCGGGUAGCAACGGAAACACUGUCGCGUCGGACGAGAACACAAAGUACCAGAGGGAAUUGUCCGACUUGAAAAAACGACUCCCGGAUAUCUAUAAGAAGUCACAGAAACUCUGGCUCGAAGGGUCACGGACGCUCUCCGAAGAUGUUCUUAUUCAUGAAUUCCCCGGUACUUGGUCCAAGCGCUCUAUGGAUUACUCCCAGCAGGGGAUUUUACAAUUGAAAGCUGGUGACUUUGCAGGGGAGUUUUUCCUGCCGGUUGGGAGGAUUACUUCGCCCGUAGAAAUGGUGCGCUUUGGCUACGUUAUGCUGAAGGAAUGGUGUGCCAAAGAGAAUGUCGGCUGGAGUGGUCGGCUGAGGCUGUGA